AUGUCAUUGUCGGAAGUAGGCCUAGGCCGGGCAGCUUACUGGGAAAGUCUCUGGGCCGAAGCUUAUAGGACUAUCAAAAACGAUCCAGAGUAUUCUCACCUCCUCGAAACGUUUGAAAAGUAUCUGCGCAAUGCAGAGCAUGAAAAUAUCUCCACCGUCUCUGAGGGUGUAGAGCGACUUGAGGAGAUCCAAAAGCUGGCCAAGACGAAACUUGAGAAGCUUCCAGAAGCUCGAACCGCCUUCUCAAUCGGUGGAAGGCGUAUUGUUGUUCGAGAACUUGUCCAGAAAGCCAUUCGAACGGUGAAAGCAUUCAAGCCCAUCGUCAGCGAAGCCGUUUCAGCUGAACCGCACGCUGCCUUGGCUUGGGGUUGCAUUCUAACUAUCCUACCCAUGCUAGAGAACCUAUACCAGCAAGACGAACAUGCAGCGAAUGGCCUCAACAACAUUCUGUUCAUUCUAGUUCGAUACCAACAACUCCAGGAAACAGUCUUGUCUGAUGAGUUCGAAGACCCGAGCCAAACCGAAGCUACUCGCCAGCUCCUAUCAAUCAUCAGAAGCAAACUUGUGAGCGUCUACGCCCAAGUAUACGUGUACCAGAUUCGAUUCAUUCUGCAAUAUGGGAGGAUUAAAUGGCUUCGUAAUGUCAGAAACAUUGUGAGCGCCGACGACUGGAAAGGAAUGUGGAACGAUAUUGAGUCUACCAGCCGGCUUGUUGAUCAAGGUAUCCAAGACCGAGUUGGUAUCCGCACGUCAGAGGCCUGGAAAGCGAUAAAUGAAAUCAAAGCGAGAACAGAGGAGAUUAAAGGUCUGCAAAGGUCCACACUGGAGAUGGAGUUCUUGUUGUCCUUGCAAUUUGCUGGAAAUGCCACGUUUGAUUCAGCUGAGGUCUUAGGCGCCGAAGCGCCUUGUUUGGAAGGGACUCAGCGCCGCAUUCUGAGCGAAAUCCGAGACUGGGCGGAGAAUCCUGCAGGGGAAGUAAUAUUCUGGCUACAUGGUAUGGCUGGCACCGGAAAGACGAGCGUUGCUUUGACCGUCGCCGAUGCCUUAAACCAGAGAAAACCAUUCACAAAGAGAACAAAUGCCCCUGCAACGGCAUUCCUCGGCGCCAGCUUUUUCUUUAAGCAAGGCGAUGCAACCAGGAACAGCGCGAAGGCUUUCUUCCCGACUCUCGCCAGAUGCCUGGCAGACGUAUUUAUGGACUUCAGGUCGCUCAUCGCUAGUGCAAUCAAUGAGAACCUGGCAAUUGGGACGAAAGCCCCUCCGCAGCAGCUCGAAUAUCUAAUCACCAGGCCCCUCCUCCCUCGAUGGCCAAACCUUCCUACCCAUACGACUGGUGGUCGUGGUGUGCAACUCCGGCUCCUGAUCACCAGCAGAACCGAAAAGCACAUCCUCGGAAGCUUCGGAAAGUUACCCAAGAAUUUACAUCGCUCGGUGUUUCUUGACAAGAUCAAACCAUACACGGAGGGACAAAGCACAGAGGACGACAUCAAAUUCUAUCUCUCGCACACAAUAGCUGAAAUAGCCAAGAAGCAUGGCGCCGCGCAAGACUGUAUCGAUGAAGCCAGCAUCAACAAGCUCAGGAUGAAGGCUGACGGCCUGUUCAUUUAUGCGGCGACAGCCUGUCGUUUCCUGGAUGCCGAGGACUUCCCUGAUGAGAAAGCUAGGCAAGAGCGACUGGACCAGAUAUUUCAGGAUUAUUCAGAGACCGACGACUCGGAAACCGAUGAAUGGGAGGCCGAUGCUCCCCAGCAGAAAGUAGAUGAGAUUUAUCUCAAGGUUCUGUCAUUUCCCGAUCGCGAACAAAUGUCCCCAAAGACAAGACAAAGGACCUACGACGGUAUGCGCAUGACUCUUGGCUUUCUCGCAGCUCUUUUCGAGCCUGUCGCUACUUCUGCGCUUGAGAAUUUGCUCCCACCCUUGCCGGUGAGCCUGGCUCAAUUGCUCAAGAAACUUCAUGCCAUAGUCGGCGUCCCCCGGGACGAUAAAUCAUCCCUUGAUUUGGUCCACUUAUCGUUUCGCGAUUUCAUCCUCAGCAAGAAGCGAUCGAAGCAACUGAAGUUCCGGGUUGACGAGACCGAAAUGCACAAAGAGUUGUUUUCUCGCUGCCUUGAAAUCAUGUCCUCGAGGCUUUGCCGGGACAUCUGCGGACUCGUCAUUCCAGGAAAGAUGGCUUCGGAGAUACCACACAUUCGAAUCGAGGAGAACAUCCCGCAGCAUUUGCGAUACGCAUGCCGGUACUGGGUUGAUCAUCUUGCUAAGUUGGACAACAGCCAUCUUAGGGAAGCUGGGUUAAUGGACGGUGGAAAGAUCCAUGCGUUUCUUCAGGAAUGCUUCCUGUAUUGGCUCGAGGCGAUGAGCCUUAUCAAGGAGAUACCAACAGCCAUACUCAUUGUUAAUCAGCUGCAGACUUUGGUCGUGGAUUACAUUACAGGCACCGAGCGCUUCAGGUUUGACGAGCGAAAGUGGUACCUCUACGCAGCCUUUUCGCCAGACGGAAGAUCAAUUGCACUCGGGUCGGAUGAUGGGCUCAUCAAUGUAAGGGAGUUUGGAACGGGGAAUGUAAUCGACCUGGAAGGCCACAACAACCGUGUAUCAAACGUGGCCUUCUCGCCAAAAAGCAACAAGACUUUAGCAUCGGCGUCCUGCGAUACCACCGUCCGAAUAUGGAACAUCGACGAAAGACAGACAACUCAUACGGCCGGUUUCCGAUAG